UCCUCUUGAACUCCCUAUCUUCUCCACGAGACAAGCACCCACAGCACAGCACGCAGCACGCAACCGCUUGCUAGCCCACCACGGGUAGCUCACCGCCUGCCGCUGUAGACGACGGUGCUCCAGCCUCCAGCAUCCCCUUCCCAACCGCUGAUAAUCCAUUUUCCCUAUCCACAUUGAGGCGUCGACCACCAUGCCCGGCGUGGCGCCGCCUCAAACACCUCGCCGGCUGCUCGCCGUUCGCGCCUGGCCCGCCUUACGCAUCAGGGUGGUAGCGCUGUCCCGAGCUCCCCGUCGACUACCACAUCGCACGCACCUCACCAGCCCGGCGCGAUGCAGCGCGCUGAGCUCCCCGUCGUCGACAUCCUCUGUGUGGCGGGAACAAAAUCAAUACUCUGACUUGUGCUCACCGGCCGGCAUGGCGGCAGCGCAAGAACAAGGCGAGGAGCGGCCGCUGUACAAGGACCCGUCGGCGCCGGUGGAGGCGCGCGUGCGCGACCUGCUGGGCCGCAUGACGCUGCGGGAGAAGGCGGGGCAGAUGGCCCAGAUCGAGCUCUCCGUGGCGUCGCCCCGCGCCCUCGCGGAGCUCGGCGUCGGCAGCCUCCUCAACGGCGGCGGCAGGCCGCCCUUCGACGGCGCCUCCGCGUCCGACUGGGCCGGCGUGGUCGACGGCAUGCAGCGCCUCGCCCUCUCGUCCCGCCUCGCCGUCCCCAUCAUCUACGGCAUCGACGCCGUCCACGGCAACAACAACGUCAUCGGCGCCACCAUCUUCCCCCACAACGUCGGCCUCGGAGCCUCCAGGCACGUUACGUACCGGUCGACCACGUUGACCAAUAUAGUAACCUUUUUGUACGUUUAUUACAUACAUGCUCCCUUCAUUUCGUGCAGGGAUCCCGAGCUUGUGCGGAAGAUCGGCGAGGCGACGGCGCUCGAGGUUCGCGCCACCGGCAUGCACUGGACCUUCGCCCCCUGCGUCGCUGUUUGUAGGGAUUCGAGGUGGGGGAGAUGCUACGAGAGCUACAGCGAGGACUCAGACAUCGUGCGCUCCUUCACCACCAUCGUCACCGGUCUGCAGGGCCAGCCACCGGCAGACCACCCUCAUGGCUACCCGUUUCUUCAUUCGGUUAGGGAGAAUGUGCUUGCGUGUGCCAAGCAUUACGUAGGGGGUGGUGGCACUCACAAGGGGGUCAAUGAAGGGAACACCAUUUGCUCUCAAGACGAUUUGGAAAGGAUCCACAUGAAACCUUACCCUGAUUGUAUAAGUCAAGGGGUGGCAACGAUCAUGGCAUCCUUCUCUCAAUGGAAUGGGGAGCCAUUACAUGCCAGCCACCAUUUGCUCACGGAAGUUUUAAAGGACAAGUUAAGCUUCCAGGGUUUUGUGGUGUCGGACUGGGAAGGUAUUGACCAUCUUUGCGAGCCUCGAGGGUCUGAUUAUCGACAUUGCAUUGCACAAGCAGUUAAUGCUGGAAUGGAUAUGGUUAUGAUACCUUUCAGAUUUGAGAAAUUCUUGGAAGAUCUUGUGUUCUUGGCGGGGGAGAUACCUUUGUCACGGAUCGAUGACGCCGUUGAGCGGAUUCUAAGAGUUAAGUUCGUAUCUGGAGUUUUUGAGCAUCCAUUUUCAGAUCCAGCUCUACUCGAUGUAAUUGGUUGCAAGGAGCAUCGUCUGCUAGCACGUGAGGCUGUUCGAAAGUCUUUGGUACUUCUGAAAAAUGGCAAGAAUCGGAAGGAACCAUUCCUUCCCUUAGCCAAAAAUGCAAAAAGAAUACUCAUCGCAGGGACACAUGCUGACAAUAUUGGAUACCAGUGCGGUGGGUGGACAAUAUCUUGGCAUGGUGAUAGUGGAAAGAUUACUCCUGGUACAAGCAUAUUAGAGGCCAUACAACAAUCUGUGGAAGUGGAAACUGAAGUUGUGUAUGAUGAAUGCCAUGCUACCAUUGAAGCAGGCAAAUUUUCCUAUGCAGUUGUUGUAGUUGGUGAGGUACCCUAUGCAGAAAGCUUGGGGGAUAGAACCGACCUUAGUAUUCCAUUCAAUGGUUCCGAUCUUAUUACUCGUGUUGCCAGUAAAGUCCCUACCCUAGUGAUUGUUAUUUCUGGAAGGCCCUUGGUUAUUGAGCCGCAAGUACUUGAGAAAGUAGAUGCUCUAGUUGCCGCUUGGCUGCCUGGAAGUGAGGGCAUGGGAGUUGCUGAUUGCCUCUUCGGAGACCAUGAUUUUGUGGGCACGUUGCCUGUAACUUGGUUUAGAUAUGAUGAGCAGCCGCCUAUAAAUAUUGGAGGUGCUAACUAUGAUCCAUUAUUUCCUUUUGGAUAUGGGCUGAAAUGUUCAAAAGCCAUUGAGAUUUAGCUUGAUGUCAUGAAAUAUUUGCUGAUCAUACAUUUGAAUUACCAGAAUAUUGUUACAUAUGUGUGUUGUACAGUUGAG